AACAGAGAGGGGAAAAAACUGGAAGAGUGGACACGAGAGCAGGUUAGACGCAGCGUGGAUGUGUGAUAAAAAAAGACUGCCUUAUCUCUCUCCCCCCUUCCAUAAAUGUCUGUGUCUCUCUCUCUCCCUCUUUUCUUUUCCCCCCUUUUUUUUUUGCUUCCCUCCUUCCCGCUGAUGCAGACCAGACCCCCAGCUCGCGCCGCGUCUUGAAUCCGGGAAUGAGUCGUCCACGUUGAAAAAAUGCUGCUUUGGAUCGUCCUGCUGAAAGCCGCUCUUUGUCUCGCCAGUGGAAACGUUACAAGGGACGUUUGCAAGGAGCAGAUAUGCUCCUGCAACGAGGUGGAGGGAGACCUGCACAUAGACUGCGAAAAGAGGAGCUUCACCACUCUGCAGCAGCUCACCGGCCCCAGCUCGCAGUUUUAUCACUUGCUGCUGCACGGGAAUUCUCUCUCUAGGCUCUUUCCCAACGAGUUCGCCAACUUUUACAACGCCGUUAGUCUGCAUUUGGAAAACAACGGCUUGCACGACAUCGUGCCCGGCGCCUUCCUGGGACUGCAGCUGGUCAAACGGCUGCACAUCAAUAACAAUAAGAUCAGAUCGUUCAGGAAGAGCACGUUUCUGGGCUUGGACGACUUGGAAUAUCUCCAAGCUGAUUUUAAUCUACUGAGGGAUAUUGACCCCGCCGUUUUCAGGGACCUAAAUAAACUUGAAGUGUUGAUACUUAACGACAACCUCAUCAGCGCGUUGCCCGUGAACGUGUUUCAACAUGUGCCCAUUACGCAUCUCGACCUGCGCGGAAACCGAAUCAAAACGUUGCCUUAUGAGGGGAUCCUGGAACAGAUCCCGGGCAUUGCGGAGGUUUUGUUGGAAGACAACCCGUGGGACUGUAACUGCGACCUGGUUUCGCUCAAGGAGUGGCUGGAGAACAUACCGCGGAACGCGCUCAUCGGGAGGGUGAUAUGCGAGGCUCCCACCAGACUGCAGGGCAGCGACCUGAACGAGACAUCAGAGGCGGAUCUGUGCCCCUCACGGAGCGCCGGCGUGGACAGCAGCCUGGUGGCCCCUCCCACCCAAGAGGAGACCUCCAUGGCCCACACGCACCCGACGCCUUACAAGCCCAGCGGAAAUGCCAGCAGGCCCCCGACGCCAGGAGGCCACGGGCCCAACAAGAACCACUCCAAAUCUCGUGAGAACUGGCAGCUGAAAACGAAACCCACUCCAGUGGCGGCAGGUGUGGACAGGGAGCAGCAGCAGCUGCGCAACGUGACGUGCCCCGAGCCGUGCAAGUGCAAGCUGGUGGGCUCCAGGCAGGGGCUGGGGGUCAACUGCGAGGGCAAGAAGAUCGAGAGCCUGUCCAACCUCAAACCCAAACCCCUGGCCGCUCACGAGCUCAACAUGAGAGAAAACAACAUCCACGCGGUGAAGAAAAACCAGCUGCUCGGCUACGCGAGUCUCAACCUGCUCGACCUGGGCGCGAACAACAUCAAGGUGAUCGACAACGGCACGUUUCAAAACCAGAGCGAGCUCAGGUGGCUGUACUUGGAUAAGAACUACCUGGACGCACUGGUGGCGGAGAUGUUCGUGGGCCUCGUGAAUUUGGAAUAUCUCAGUUUGGAAUACAACGACAUCCAGCUCGUAGUGGCGGGCGCGUUUAGCCCCAUGCCGAACCUGAGGGUUCUCUUCCUCAACAACAACUUGCUCAAAUCGUUACCCACGGAUGCUUUCCUUGGGAUUUCUUUAUCUAAGAUCAGCCUGCACAACAACUACUUCCCCUAUCUCCCCGUGGCCGGCGUGCUGGACCAGCUCAACUCGAUCAUCCAGAUCGAUUUGCACGGGAACCCGUGGGAUUGCUCGUGCAAAAUCGUGCCCUUCAAGCAGUGGACGGAGAAGCUGGGGGCCGACGUGAUCGUGAGCGACCUCAAGUGCGAGUCCCCCGAGGAGUUCUGGAAGCGAGACUUCCGCAACGUGCGGAACGACCUGCUGUGCCCCAAGCUCUACGUCUCCCCGACGUCGCUGUCCAAAAACAGCACUUUCGCGCAGGACUCGGGGACGCGCUCGAACUCCUACCUGGAGCCCAACAGGGUCUCCAUCUCGGUGCUCGUGCCCGGCCUGCUGCUGGUGUUCGUCACGUCCGCGUUCACCGUGGUGGGGAUGCUCGUGUUUAUUUUGCGGAACCGAAAGAGGUCGAAGCGGAGGGACGGAAACUCCUCCGCGUCGGAGAUCAAUUCCCUGCAGACUGUGUGCGACUCGUCGUACUGGCACAGCGGGUCUUAUCACGCGGACGGGGGCGCGCACCGGGGCUUCGACUGCAGCACGCAUCUCUCCACGACAAACGAUGCGUAAAAAGGAAAGAGACCCCCCCUCCCUUCCCUGGAUUACAAACACACACACAGAGACAGAUACACACACACGAACUUUAUAUUUUAUCCAUUUGAACCAAGUCUGCUGCUGCUGUUGCACAGCCCCCUUGCCCCUUCUCACCCCACUCUGUAAUAUAUGUAUAUGCCAAGCCCCCCCCCCACCCCAAAGGCUACAACCCAUCCCUCCCUUUUUCUCUCUCCCUCCCAGUAGUCGGAUUUUUUUUAUUUUGUUUUUGCCGCAAUCGGACCACAGAUCUCUGCAAGACAGAAAAGAGGGGGAGAGAGAGAAUAACAACAGUAAUAUUAGUAAUAAUAAUAAUUCAAAGAAAAAGGGAGCGAGCGCGUGUGUGUGGAUUCAAGGACCGAGGACCCGUCCCCGAGGGAAUGGUGCACGAGCGCAUGAAUGUAAAUGUAAAUACUCGGACCCGAUGUAUCAUAAUCUGCAUGAAGAUAUUUCGCAUGGUUUCACACACACACACACACACACACACACACACACACACACACACACACACACGUACACACCAACACAUACAGACAGCCAGAGAGACGAGCGCGCGACGGAGAGGGGAAACCAUAACCACCACAAACAAGCGCAAAAAGGAGCCAACUCGACCCCUUCUCAUGUUAUAUCAAUAUGACGACUAUAUAUAGAUAUUAAGAGUUAUAUAUGACUAUUACAAAGUGCCAUUUCUCUAUUUUUUUGUGAACCUGCAGUUAGGAUUUGUAUUUGUUGUUUUGAACUUGUUUGGAGAAACAAAAACAAAAAAGGAGGGAUGAAGAGGAGGAAGAGGUGGGUGGUGAUGGAAGUGAAGCUGUCAGUGCAUGUUCUUUUUUUCUGUUUGUUAUCAUUUUUUUUUUUUUUUUGAUUGUCGAUGAAUAUUUGGGGUUAUUUAUACUUAGGUGGCGCAGAUUUCGAACAAAAAGAGAGAAAAAAAGAAAAAGAAACCCACGUCUGCGCACUCAUCAUCUCCUUUAUGAAUGUAAAACUGUGUUAUUUUAUGGUGUGCCAAUUGUUCAGAUAUUCCGACAUGCAGAUGAGCAUGACCAAUUAACGUCACUCAGAUGCUUAUGCUGCAAAGUUAAUGUAGCUAAAAAUAACAGUGUGUUUUUUUAACCUUAUUUUUUUCUUCUUCUUCUUUUUAUUUAUGUGUCAAUGAAUAUAGCCUGCUUUGGGUGAGAGGAAGAAAACAAAAAAACGAACAAACAAACAAACAAAUAAACAAAAAAACAUCGCAACAAGUUAAGAAGUUGGGGGUGUGGGGGUGGGGGGUUUAUACUGUCAUAUUUUUUCAAAAGCAAAGAAGUGUUUUCAAUUGAGCUAAUGCAAUUCAAUGUAAACAGCGAAGGUAGACUGACAUAGAUAGAAUGCUGUUUUUUAAUGUCAGGAAAAAAAAAUGUAUUCCUCCACAUAAAAGCUUAUGGCUAUGAUUCACUUUCAUCAUAUUGUGAGCUUUUGUAAAGCCAUCUAAUCUUGUCCAAAUAGGAAAAGUCACUGUAUUUAGGACAAAACGUGCUUGAAAGAGGCUGUUUUUUUUGUUUUUCUUUUUUGUGGCUGGGAGAGAAGUGAGGCAAACUGGAGCAUUUUACAGCAAGAAAGAAAUCAAACAAAGGCACCUACAUACAAACAUAAGGCAGAGGUAACUAGAUAAAGCAAGAUGUCUUUCUUUUGCUUUCAAAUUAUUCACUUUUGAACUUGAGAUACUCUUCCUGAAGGGGCCGCAUGGUUUUUGUGAGCUCAUGACAACAAUGCCAUGACUGAAUACCUGUUUUAUUGCUAUUUUUCUCUUUCCAGAGCUCAGCUACUGUCAUGGGAUAUGCUGCUUAUAACCUAUAUUGCUUUACCUGAAUUUAAAACAAAGAAGAAGAAUGCCCCCCCCCCAAAAAAAACAAAAAACAAAAAAACAACAACAACACAAAAACAACAACAAACAAGCAUUAAAAUGGCUGGGGCCUGUUUGAAAAAAAGAAAGUCAAUUCUUUAACUCUGCAGUAGCUCAAACAGAAGCGAGGAAUAUGCAAUUAGCAUUUUUGUCUUUUGACUCAAUGUUUGUUAUGUAAAACCCCAGCACUGGUUUUCACUUUGCCAAUUGAUUUUCUUUUACAAAACCCACUCCAAUAUGUUUAAUUUCGACACGAGUUCAGGCUAAUUCGGUGAAAACUUACCAUGGCCACGAUGAGAGUGUACAGAGACGAUGUUUAGACGGGCUUACACCCCCCAUACUGCCCCUCACCUUGCCUCUUCUUCUCCCACAAGUAGGCCUACAAUUCAAGCUAGCGCUGUUCAUGGUGCUGAAUCAUUUUUCCUGCUUUUUUUUUUCUUUUGUCUGUCGGCCCCCUUUGUGCGUGCGUGCAGGACCGCGUGUGCACGGUCAUGCAGCCCGCAUGUGUGAAGACAAAUCAGAGAGAGCGCGAGAGAGAGAGCAGCUGCGUGACCAUUUGCAUGUAUGUGUAGCCGCCCUUACUUUCCCUCCCCUCUUUACCCCAAACCACAUAACCAUACGCAGCUUGACCUUGGGGACUAACAUCUCAGCAGAUCUGUGACAAACCAGUCACCACCCUCAUCACCAUCAUCCGCCAUUUUCGUCCUUGUCCCCCCUGCCAAACACACCACCACCUCCACCAGCUCCCCUUUCCUCGGCUUUCCUGUCCAAUCACAGGGAGGGGAUAUAUUGGGGGUAACUAUGUGUCUAUUCUGUGGAGUAUUUACUGUGCCACAGUCCACUGAUGAUUUGUCAUAACUUUCAAACGCUGUGUUUCAAAGUUACAUUUAUAUGCUUUGCGAUAUUUGACCUGCUUCUAUUUUGUUAAAUAAAGUGUGGUUGAGGUUGA